AUUUAAUUUGUUUCACAGCAUUUUUAUAAAAACAAAGAGGUUUAUAUUAAAACUACAGUUAUUUGGAAGAUCUGAAAUUUCAAGAUGAGUAUGAACAUGUCUCUCCGAUUUGAGGUAGCUAAUAGAGGUGGAAGCUUGAUAAAUUCACUGAAAGUGGAAAAAGAAAGAAUCAUGAAAGAUGAGUUAAUGGCUGAGAGGAUCUUGCAAGUAACGACUGAAAAGAAUGAUAACCUUAAAGCUGGUUGGGCAGAAGGUCUUGAAGAGGCCAGCCAGACGCAAAGAUACAGACUGAAUAAAGAAGAAAUCAAGCAUGAACUGUCAUAUGCCAACAAAGCGGUUGUUGCUGUAAGAAGAGCUGCACUUAGAGAACUUCUUGAAAGAGAGCAUGACAUGUAUGAGCAGGAGCUACAUAAAAUUGGAAAAGCAUUCUACAUCAAACGCACUUAAAAACAUUUAACGUACUUGUUUUGCAUGUUGCACAAGUGUUUUAAUUAAUAUAAAUUCGCCAUAUAUUAUUUUAUCAUUUGCUUUUGCAAUUACACAUAGAAGUAUAUUUUUAUGAAAUAUUUUUAAUUUUUUUGCAAAAUUUUUAGA